UGUGUCCCGAUGCCCUCUUAUAAGGACAGGAAUGCUGUCGGAUUGGGGCCCACCCUUACGUCCUCAUUUUACCUUAACUGCCUUUUUAAAGGCCCUGCCUCCAACUGCAGUCACAGUGUGAGGUCCUGGGGGUCAGGACUUCUACCUAUGAAUUGGGGGAGGGGGGGUGCAAAUUCAGCUCACUUCUGGAGGCUGAGAUGGAUGUAUCACGUAUCCUGUUGACACAGUUUGGAGAAUCCCCAGCAGUGCGUCUCCCAGAGGAUCAUAGCACAGCUGCCUCGAAGUCGGCGUUAGCAGGUUUCUCCUGCACAUGAAAGCUAGGAUUUACUCUUCAUUUGACUAUUAGGUGUUUUAGGCUAUUUCUGCCAGUUAAUUUCAACUUCCUAGGUCUCUUGCUAAUGGACAAAUGCACAUCUUCGUAGCUAACAGAAGCAUUUUAAGGAAAGGAUGUUGCCUCUCCCCCGGGGGCUGCUGAGGGAGAGAGAGCCUGAUCGUUGCGGAACAAGCAUUCUGGUUAAACGAAGAGUUCUCCGUGAGGUGUGCAACGUGGGAGACAGUGAUUGAGAGUCUCACUGGGUUCCUGUUCUGUUCUCUGUUGCAAUAGCACUUCCAAGGACAAAGCUGUAUUCCCAAAGGGGGACUGUUAAAUUCCUAAAACUUGAAACAUUGUUGCGGUGUCUUGAUCAUUUCUUGCCCUGGAGAUAGCCAUGGAAAGUCCUAUUUCUGGAUUCCCGCAGUUACAACAUUAGAAAUCUUCCCGGAAGCAGUGUGAGGAAGGCAGAAGCCGCCGCCCUCCCUGGCCUGGCGAAGCCACCCGCCACCAUGCCCAAGAGAAAGGCAAAAGGCGAUGCUAAAGGUGACAAAGCCAAGGUGAAGGGUGAGCCGCAGAGGAGAUCUGCGCGGCUGUCUGCCAAACCCGCUCCCCCAAAACCGGAAGCCAGGCCUCCAAAGGCCGCUGCCAGGAAGGCCGAGAAGCGGCCCAAGGGGAGAAAGGGGAAAGCAGAGGGUGACAGAGUUGGGGACAAGGCCGGGGACAAGGCCGGGAAGAACCCGGACGCUUCCACGGCCCCGUCACAGAAAGCAGAAGGCAGCGGGGACGCCAAAUGAAAUGUACUUUUUUCAUAACUCAACUUCUAGCGACUCUGCUGUUCGAGAUACUGUCUGUCUUCAAUCAACUUUUAUAAAAGUGUAGAACUUGGGCUCUUAUUUCCAACUUCCGCCGUUGGCAUACAAGACACGUUGUUGUUGUCCCCUGUGGCAAGUGCAAGUCCCGCUGACAGAAUGUCUCCGGGGCCCGAUUGAAAUGGGGGGAGAUGGCGCCUCGUGUCCUCACUGUUGAAGAUUAUUCUUGGUUCCCGGGAGGGGUCUCCUGUCAGCCCCCCCGGGGCUCAGAAGCCUUCCGGCAUGGAGAAGCAAAACCUCAUGGCUUCUCUCCUGAGGCGAGCAGCAUACACUGGCCUUCCUGGAAUAGUCAUGACGCGGCCUUGGCACCCCCAGCCUCCUGUCGGGUGAUCACACUCAGGCCUUCUGGCUGGAACGUCAAGAUGGCGUUGCCCCAAAGAGCCAGGAUUCCUGUGUGUAGUUGGCGGGCGAUCCCAGUGGCCAUCCUGGACUUUUUAGCUCCUCUCCCCCACGUCAGAGUUGACCCGUGAAAAGAUCUCGCGUAGCUCAUGCGAAAUAUCCACGCCUCCCGAGAACGUCACCUUUUCAGAAGAGCAACAGGAGACUGUUGACUUGGGGGGGGCGGGGGGGGUAGUUUGAAUGUUGUCGGGUGUUGUGUGGAUUGAUUGUCACCCGUGUCCUCCUGGAAGUGGCUGGUCCUGAAAAGUAUCUUAUAAAAGCUGAAUAUGUAUUAGCUUGGUGGGAGGGGGAUCAUUUCCUACCCACAGCCCUAGAGAUGUUCUUUACUGCACCUUAAACAUAGUUUGACGUUUCACACUUGUCCGCAGUCUUCUCUGCACUGAUCGGCGUGCAAAGUAUGAGAUAGAAGUUCAAUAUAAUAUUUUGUCCAGGUGGAUAAGCAGUGGUCGUCGCUGCACCAUUUUCUGAAGAGUUCAUUCCUGCCCAUGGAUCUGGAACACCAGCUCUUUCGAAAACGGAGUCUCUUGGGGGUGGGUGGGUGCGGGGCAGGGCGGGCGUGGAUUCUCUUCUGACUCACUGGUCAGUUUGCCCAACCCCACGGCAGUGCAGUAUAGUCCUGAGCACUACAGCUUUUAGAAAGAGGUCUUGGUAUCUCAGGACAAAUCUCACCCCCACCUCCAAAAUAAAAUCUCCACCAAACUUGUCUUCUUCGGGAGCAUCGUGGCCAUCCUCAGCCGUUUGCUAACGGCUUUUAGAAUUCGAUUUGCUACAACUUUUAGAAUUAGAUUGAUCAGUCCUUUUAUUUAAAAAUUUUUUUUAAUGUCUAUUCAUUUUUGAGAGACAGAGAGAGACAGAGUGUGCGUAGGGGAGGGGCAGAGAGAGAGGGAGACACAGAAUCCCAAGCAGGCUCCAGGCUCUGAGCUGCCAGCACGGAGCCUGAUGUGUGGCUCGAACUCACGAAUCGCGAGAUCAUGACCUGAGCCGACAUCGGACGCUUAGCCGACUGAGCCACCCCGGCGCCCCUAGAUUGACCAGUUCUAAAACAAAACAAAAAUGCUGGAAUUUUUAUUGGACUUCUAUUGAAUUCAUAGACUAAUUACAAUGUUGAGUCUUCCCUUGAACAUGAUGUAGCUCUUCAUUUAUUUAACCUUUUUAAGUGUCUUUCAAUAAAGUUUUAUAAUUUUCUCCAUAAA